AUUUCAAAUCUAAAUUUCAGAAAAUCAAAAGGAUUCGCUUCAGUCACUCACGAGAGAGAAAGAUGAACAAGAACAAAGCUGGUGCAUCGUUGGAUUCCUUGAUGUCUUCCUUCAACGCUCGCAUAACGCAGCUUCAGGAGCUCGUCAUUGCGCGAAACAUGUACCCUGCGAGCGGCGUCGAGGAUCUGUCAGCGGUGGACGCGGCGGUGAGCGCGAUGGAGCUUCAGGUGAAGGCUAUCAAGGACCGCCUGCGCGAAGAGGCACUAGCCAUUCCCAAAACCAAGAAACUGAUUGAUGCAUCACUGCGGCAGCAAAAGAAACUGCAGAAUAUGUCUCUUCAUGUUCCCUACCAAAUGGCUGAUAAAGUGACAGUGUCACAUUUGGAAACUAGUAGAUGUUUGUUUCCUGAAUUUUCUGGACAAGACUCUGGAUCAUUUGAGGCCUUGAAGCUUGAGGAGGAGCCUGCAGCAGUACCCAAGGAAAAAAAAGGUCGUGGUCCUCCACCAACGUGGUAUGUUACUAGAAGUGAACUAGAUUCCUUGUCAUCAUACAUGAGAGGCAGGCUUACACUAGAGAAGGUGAAUGCAGCGAUCAAUGAUAUGGUGUCUUAUGCUGAAGCAAAUGCUCAACUUAUAGUUGCCCCCAAAAAGAAGUUGGCAGAAAAUCUUUGGGAAAAAGCCCUGGAAAUAAGAGAUAUUGCAACCAUGGAAGGGAUUAAGGGAAAACACUUUUUCCUUGAAGCUGACAUAAAAGGACCAUCGCUUAAACUUGACAACACUGGAAAAGCAAUACUGACUGUUCUUCGUCACCUUGGCCGAAUCAAUGAGACCCGUGUCGGACAUAAUCGGGUCAUUAUUCUACAAAAGCCUCACUAAAAUGCCUGGCUAUCUCAGUAUUUUAUGUGUGUAUACAAUAUAAAAAUUUAAAAGGGUCAUUUAGAUUGAUGUAAAAACUUUAGUGAAUGCAUGUUAUCAUUGGUUUAUGAACAUGAAAGAAAAUGUUUCAGUGAAUGGUGAUACAACAACAUAAAGUCUUAAUGACAGUUUGCUUGUUUAAUGAACAA